AUGCUGGAGGCCCCACCCCUGCUGCUGGCAGCUGUCGCCCUUGGCCUGGUGCUGCUGGCGCUGCUGUGGCUGCUGCAGGCCUUGCGACUCUGGGGCCUGUUCAUCAUUGGCUGGAACGAGCUUGUCCUGCACCCCGUCCGCAACCUCCUCAUGGGCAACAGCAAGGAGCAGCGCAUUCUGCGCCACGUGCUGCAGCACGCUGUGGCCGGGGACCCGCAGAGCGUGCUGGAUACCAUCGACGCCUACUGCUCGCAGAAGGAGUGGGCUAUGAACGUGGGCGACAAGAAAGGCCAGAUCGUGGACGCCGUGUUGAGGGAGCAGCGUCCCUCGGUGCUGCUGGAGCUGGGUGCCUACUGUGGCUACUCGGCUGUGCGAAUGGCCCGCCUGCUGCUGCCCGGCGCCCGGCUGCUCACCAUUGAGCUCAACCCUGACUACGCCGCCAUCACCCAGCAGAUGGUGGACUUCGCAGGCCUGCAGGACAGGGUGACCGUUGUCGUCGGGGCAUCCGAGGACAUCAUCCCCCAACUGAAGAAGAAAUAUGACGUGGACAUUGUGGACAUGGUCUUCCUCGAUCACUGGAAGGACCGGUACCUGCCAGACAUGCUCCUCCUGGAGGAGUGUGGCCUGCUGCGGAAGGGGACAGUGUUGCUGGCCGACAACGUCAUCUGUCCUGGGACACCAGAGUUCCUGGAGUACGUGCGUGGGAGCAGCCGCUUUGAGUGCACACACUUCAGUUCGUACCUUGAGUACUCACAGGUGGUGGAUGGCCUGGAGAAGGUCGUCUACAAGGGCCCAGGCAGCCCUGUGCAGCCUUGA